AUGAAGUUAUAUAUUCAAUUUUAUAUUAUAAUUGUACUUUUUUGUACUUCAAUAUAUUGUGAAUUUAAUGAAAAAGCUCAGACUAGAGAACACCAUGCUAUUGACAAUUCAGGUAUUAAUAGAACUUGUAAAGAGACAAAAUUUAAUCCUUGCAAGCAUGAAAGUCAAUGUUACUAUACAAAUAUUACAUCUGAAUAUUUUUGUAAAUGUAAUGAAUGUUAUAGUGGACAAUUUUGUCAAGAUAAAGUGUGUACCACUAAAAAUCAAAAUACUACAGAAAUUUAUCACACUGUAUUAUUAUCUGAUUACAUUUACACAUCAAUUGUUGGAAUCAUUUAUAUUUUAGCUUUUUUUAGUACAUUAAAAUUAACAAUAAAAAGUGAUAAGUAUCAGAAAGAAAUUUUAUCUGGUCAAAUUACUGAUAAUUUAUCUGUAACAGUAAACAGUACUAAUAGUAUUGUACAAAAUAUUGCCUCAAAUUUAAAUGUAGAGGAGAGGAAAAAAAAUUUGGAGUUAGAAGAUUUUUUAAUUAAUAAUGAUAUGAUAAAUGAAUUUGAUAAUAGUAGUAGUAAUAAAAAUAAUAAUCAUGAAAAACAAGAAAAAUAUGAUUUAUGGGAUGAAUUGAAAAUGAAAUUAAAAAUUAAUAAAAAGUAA